GGCCCAGGCGCAGCGGCCAGCGCGCAGUGCGCCCGCGACGGUGAAAGGUGCUAUGUCGCGACUACACGGAGGGAACGCUCUGCGGAUCGCCAUGGCCGGUGUGCCGAUUAUGAGAAUAUUAGUUGUACUUACUAUUUUCGUGAACGUAAACUGUCAACAAAAAGAAAAGGAGGACUUUGUUUGCCCCGAAGGCACGACAGGCAACGGUAAUUUCGCAGAUCCAGCUACUUGCAGACGUUUUUAUCAAUGCGUGGACGGAUAUCCAUACUUGAACAGAUGCCCUUCUGGGUUGUAUUUCGACGAUAUUAGCAAGUUCUGCACAUUCAAAGCGGAGGCAAGAUGCGGUCCCAUUGCUACGACUCCAGCCCCCAUAACAGAGGCUCCCCUGGACUUGGCCACCAAGUGCGAGCCGUCUGAGUGUGAGUUGCCGCAGUGCUUCUGCUCCAAAGACGGAACUCUAAUCCCCGGAGGCUUAGACCCUGAAGACACUCCCCAAAUGAUAAUGCUGACGUUCGACGGCGCCGUCAAUUUGAACAACUUCGAACUGUACAAGAAAGUUUUCAACGGCAUAAAGAACCUAAAUGGCUGCCCUAUUCGAGGGACGUACUUCCUAUCUCACGAGUACAGCAACUACGCAAUGGUCCAGGCUUUGGCUCACGAAGGACACGAAAUCGCUACGGGCACUAUAUCCCAACAGCAGGGCCUGCAGGACAAGGGCUACGAGGAGUGGGCAGGCGAGAUGAUCGGCAUGCGCGAGAUCCUGAACAAGUUCGCCAACGUCUCCCGUGGUGACGUCAUCGGCACGCGCGCGCCCUUCCUCAAGCCCGGCCGGAACACGCAGUUCAAGGUGUUAGAAGAUUUUGGGUUCGUGUACGACAGCUCAGUCGGCGUGCCACCGUCGCCAGUGCCGGUGUGGCCUUACACGCUCGACUACAAGAUCCCGCACGAGUGCAAGUCCGGAACCUGCCCCACCAAGACUUUCCCUGGGCUGUGGGAGAUCCCGUUCAACGCCCACUACGUGAAAUCGUUUGAGGGCGGGCACUGCCCAUAUUUGGAUCAAUGCGUACUCCACAACCACGACUCUGAAGAUGUACUAGAAUGGUUGCAAGAAGAUUUUAACAGACACUACGAACAGAAUCGAGCACCGUACAUGAUGCCUUUCCAUACAAAUUGGUUCCAAAUUAAGGCAUUAGAGCGAGGAUUACAUAAAUUUCUUCAAUGGGCUAAUACUCUUCCCGACGUAUGGUUCCUAACAAUGACGCAAGCACUCACCUGGAUAACGGACCCACAAACCAACAAGCAAAUGAACAACAAGUACGAGGCGUGGCGAUGCGAUAAGGAGCUGCCGCGCGCGCCCUGCAACCUGCCCAAUAAGUGCGCGCUGUCGUUCAAGCCCCCUGACCUUAACUUCACAGACACCCGCUACAUGGAGACCUGCCAUGAAUGUCCUAACCAGUACCCGUGGUUGGGAGACUCCGGCGGCACAGGCAUUCCAGGCAAAGACAAUUAUUUGCCCGACAACUUCGAGAGAAAAUAAUGUGUGAACUAGUCGUACAACAGGUUGUAUGAAAGUCCGCUAUGUUUAGCGAACUUUUGUGUAGUCUGACAUUUAAGUGUAUACAUAAGUAGGUACAGCUUAGUUGUAAACUUUUGAUAUGCCAGGAAAAAUUACGAAAAUGAUACCCACCUAUGUUCAUUUAAAAAAUAUUGUCCUAGACAGUGGACUAGUGUGUAAUUUUGUUUUGUUACUAUACUGUAUCCAGGUGCCAAAAUAAAUAAAAACGUUACAUAUACAUUCUGUUUUAGGAGAAACAUAUUGGAAACGCAAUAAAGAAAGUGUUAUUUUUAUUUUACGUUCAUACAUAAGUAGGUAAUGAAGUUAUGAUUUGUAAACCUACUUGUUUCGUGGCUCAACUUGUGUAUAAAUAUCAUUUGUAAUUUUAAGCCUCGUUUAGCAAAGCCAUUUGAAUUUUGUUUAAUUCUAAAAUUAUUUAUAAACGCCGAACGAUUCAUUACGUACGCAAAUAAAUUGUGUUAUUGUUAUUUUUAACGAAAUCAGUUUGUUAUUAAUUUUCCUUGGCUAGACUGGUGGUGCUAUUUGAAUGAAUUAUAGGUGUAAUAAAUUUUGUAUAAAAUA